UCCCAGGUCAACCAACAACACAGCAGCAUCCCCGCCCGAACAUACGGCAUUGUGGGAAAUGUAGUCUUGGCCACGCCCUGAUUCGUCCGCAGAGAACUACAACUCCCGGAGUCACCCGUUGGCGGCUCCACUGUCCUGGCAGGUUUGCUGCCUACGUGUCUGCGGAGUUCAGGGUGGGCAGGAAGAGAUGAGACCGAUCAGACUGACAAGAUGUGGCUGAGACCGGAGGAGGUGCUCUUGAAGAAUGCCUUGAAGCUAUGGGUGACCGAAAUCUCCAACCCUUAUUUCGUGCUGCAGAGAAGGAGGGGGUAUGGCGAGGAAGGAGGGGGGCUGACAGGUCUUCUCGUUGGAACUCUUGAUGCUGUAAUGGAUUCAACUGCUAAAGUAGCACCAUUUAGAAUUCUCCACCAAACCCCUGAUUCUCAGGUGUACUGGUCUAUCGCAUGUGGAGCUAACAGAGAGGAGAUUUUGAAGCACUGGCAAUGGCUGGAGCGGAAUCUUAUGAAGACAUUGACAGUGUUUGACUCAAGUGAUGAUAUAAAUAGCUUUGUUCAAGGUAAAAUUAGAGGACUCAUUGCUGAAGAAGGAAAGGGUUCCUUUGUAAAAGAAGAGGAUCCUGAAAAAUUCCGUGAAGCUCUUUUGAAGUUUGAGAAAUGCUUUGGGCUGCCAGAUCAGGAGAAGCUGGUGACCUAUUACUCAUGCAGCUACUGGAGGGGGAGAGUGCCCUGUCAGGGAUGGCUGUAUCUAAGCACCGACUUCCUAAGCUUCUAUUCAUUCCUGCUAGGCUCCGAGUUUAAACUCAUCAUCUCAUGGGACGAAAUCUCAAGACUAGAGAAGACCUCCACCGUUCUUCUCACCGAGAGUAUACAUGUUUGCUCCCAGGGGGAAGACCAUUACUUCUCUAUGUUUAUGCACAUCAAUGAGACCUUUCUUUUGAUGGAGCAACUUGCAGGUUAUGCUAUUAGAAGACUUUUCGACAAGGAGAAAUUUGAAAAUGAUCCCAUAUUGAAUGAUCCUAUGCAAAUCACAAAGAGAGGUCUGGAAAGACGAGUUCACAGUGAUCACUUCACUACCUACUUCAGACUGCCUAAAGAAGAGACCUUGCAGGAGGUGCAUGAGUGUUUUCUGUGGAUACCUUUCAGCCAUUUAAAUACUCUGGGAAAGAUGUGCAUUUCUGAGAACUACAUUUGUUUCGCUAGCCAUGAUGGUAGUCUGUACAGCACAAUUAUUCCAUUGCGAGAGAUUAUUGCCAUAGAAAAGUCUGAUGCUACUACAAGGGCGGCUACGAUUAGUACAAAAGGAAAGAAUAUAUUCCGUUUCACUGAUGUGCGAGAUUUUGAUUCUCUGGUCGCAAGGCUGAGGACCAAAUGUGCAGUAACAAGUCCGCAGCAUACUUCAACUGAGACUGGAUAUAAUGAUAGCACGGAAGCCUUCCUGGAAGAACAUCCUAUGGUGGGUCCAAAAGGUACUAGUAAAACGGUGAGCACAGAGGCGCUGAUGACCGUUUUCCACCCCCAAGACGCAGAAAACUUGGAUCCAAUAAUGUUAAAAGAAAAAAUGAAGGAGCAGUCUUGGAAAAUCCUGUUCACAGAAUGUGGCCGUGGAGUUAGUAUGUUUCGGACAAGAAGAACUCGGAAUUUAGUAGUUAGGGGUAUUCCGGAGACAUUGAGAGGAGAACUCUGGUUACUUUUCUCAGGUGCUGUGAAUGACAUGGCAGCUAACCCAGGCUAUUACACAGAAGUUGUGGAGAAGUCUUUAGGUACGUGCACAUUGGCUACUGAUGAGAUUGAACGAGAUUUGCGCAGAUCAUUACCAGAGCAUCCUGCGUUUCAGAGUGACACCGGCAUCUCUGCAUUGAGGAGGGUGCUGACUGCAUAUGCUUACAGGAACCCCAAAAUUGGAUAUUGUCAGGCGAUGAAUAUUCUCACUUCUGUCCUACUACUUUAUGCCAAAGAAGAGGAGGCCUUCUGGUUGCUAGUGGCGGUGUGUGAGAGAAUGCUCCCCGAUUACUUCAACCGGAGAAUUAUUGGUGCUCUGGUAGAUCAGGCAGUAUUUGAAGAACUCAUUAAGGAUUAUUUGCCCCAGCUGACUGAUCACAUGGUUGACAUGACGUUUUUCUCCUCGGUGUCCCUCUCGUGGUUUCUCACUCUCUUUAUCAGUGUCCUGCCUAUUGAAAGUGCUGUCAGUGUUGUGGACUGCUUUUUCUAUGAUGGGAUCAAGGCCAUUCUCCAACUGGGACUGACUGUGCUGCACUAUAACAUAGAAAAGCUGCUAGUUUGCAAAGAUGAUGCUGAGGCUGUCACUGUUCUUAACCGGUUUUUUGAUAAUGUGAUAAAUAAAGACAGCCCACUUCCUUCAAGUGUACAGCAAGCCUCUGUCAUGUCUGAGAGAAAAGGGAACAGCAUCAAAGUGGACAUCACUGAACUUAUCAGGGAGUCAAAUGAGAGAUUUGGAGCCAUUCGCUAUGAAGACGUGGAAAGCAUGCGCACAAGAAACCGUCUAUACGUCAUCCAGACUUUAGAAAUGACCACUAAACAAAAUGUGGUACGAGUUGUCAUGCAGGAUGUGAAGUUCAGCCCCGCUGAUCUAGAUGAGCUGUUUUACUUAUUUAAGAGAGAACACUUCUUGUCUUGCUACUGGAGUGUGAACAACAGUAGUAUCCUCAGUCAUCAUGACCCAAGCCUGCCGUACCUAGAACAAUAUCACAUAGACUGCCAGCAGUUCCGGACUCUCUACCAUCUUCUCAGCCCCUGGGCAUACUCUCCCAGCGUAGACUCACUUGCAUUGUGGACUUUCCGUCUCUUGGAUGAAAACUCUGAUGGUCUAAUUAAUUUUAAAGAAUUUUCAUUUGCAUUUGAUGUGAUGUUCAAUGGCAGCUUUACUGACCGGCUCAAGCUACUCUUUAAAAUGCACAUACCUCCAGCUUUUACUGAUGUGGGAGCUACGAGCCCUUCAGAGGAAGCCAAGCUUUCCAAGGAGGAUCUGAUGCAUUUUAGCCAACUUCAUGUAACCUCACCUACAGAAGAUCCCAGUCCCGAUGACAAAACAAAGAGCCCUGAAAAAGGAAAGGGAAAGAUUGACAUUCAGGCAUAUCUAAAACAGUGGCAAGAUGAACUGGUGCGUAAGGAGGAAAGCAUCAAAGACUUGCCCAGAAUGAACCAGACCCAAUUCAUCCAGUUUUCAAAGACGUUAUACAACUUAUUUCAUGGGGACCCUGAAGAAGAGCUUCUGUACCGCGCUAUUGCAGUGGUCACCAGCCUCCUCCUCCGAAUGGAAGAAGUGGGGAGGAAACUGCAGAAUCCUGCUUCACCUUCCUCAGAGGCAGGUACUGAACACAAUGACACAACUCAGGGGACUAACUCUCCAGCGGACAACACCUCUGCCCACCCUUCCAAAGAAGCCACAGAAUGGUCGUUUGCUUUUGAACAGAUCCUCGCUUCACUACUGAAUGAGCCUUCCCUGGUCAGAUUUUUUGAAAAACCUAGUAACAUAAAAGCCAAGUUAGAAGCUGCUAGAACCUCACAAAUGCGAGCUAGUAAAAGGGUAUAAAAUAUUAACUUCUCAUGUCCAUUACAUAGGCCACUACAUGACAUUGCCACAUAACCUGUUACGUUCUGUUUUAUUCAAGUGGGUCACAGUUCUCAGACACUUUUCUACGUUUUCAGGGCUUCAGUACAGUUUUUCUUAUGGCGGAGAGGCCACUUUUCAGAUGCACUGUAGAUGUUUGCAUUCCAGUGGAGGGUGCAUUAUUGAUGUUAUUAUGUAUAAUAAAUGUUCUGUAUGCUUGCAUUAAGAGCGUCCCUUUUUAAAUAUUCUUAUAUUUAAAGCCAGCGUCACACAGACACUUGGUAUGUAGCCUAGGAAUUUAUCCACUCUGUAUACAUGCAGCAUUUGAAGAGAACUUUACUGCGUCUUAGGUGCAGGCAAAGGGUGGAUGAAUGGCAAGCUCGAAGGCUGAAACGUGGCAUUAAUCGAAUAUGCUCACGGCCUCUUGUGUUAGCGAGAAAUUAUAAUUAUGCUAUGCCUUUAUUCUGACUUGUGUUCUGUUACAUAGGCAGAUUUCAGUUCCCACUAUUAGAAAGUGAAGCAUAUAGUGUACUGCAGUUUUGUUUUGUUUUUGUGAUCAAAGUGUUUAGUUGUGUACACAUAGCAAUGUCUGUAUAGUGUUCCGUUAAUUUUCUGUGUAAAAUAAUUGCAAUGUCUGGAUAAUGCAUGUUUUUGAAAACUCUUGCUUUUCAGAUACUACGGUAUUGUUACUCUUGUAAUCAGAAUAUUGUGUUAAAUCGCAUAAUGUAUUUGUGCCCUCCGCACAUUGAAAUCUGUGCAGAAGAAUUAUUCAUGAGAUUGCAGCAUAUCAGUCCACUAGGUACUAGUGAUAACAUUGAGCUAUGAAGCAUGCCUCUCAGAGGUUGAUAGUCUGAAUAUUGGUUCCGUCUACAAAAUUGCUGCCUCCGCUGUGUGUAGGUGGAAGAUAGACUUUAACAUUUUGUGGUAGGCAUUUCACAAACUACCACAUUGGUUUUUUCAAACAUUAGCUCAGGAUUUGUCUGUGUGUUGUGUGUUUCACUUACUAUUCACUCUUGCCCCUAAAUAUACAAUGGAAGAAGCCAUCUUACUUUUUAAGCUACUAAAACUAGGAAACUGAUAGAUUUUUCCAGACUUGUCUUUCCACUCUCAUUUCUACUGUGCAAUUUACAAUCCACAGGGCAUUCUAGCAACCUCCUGUACGAUCCACAGAGCAUUCUAGCGACCUCUGUACGAUCCACAGAGCAUUCUAGCAACCUCUGUACGAUCCACAGAGCAUUCUAGCGACCUCUGUACGAUCCACAGAGCAUUCUGGCGACCUCUGUACUAUAUACAGAGCAUUCUAGCGACCUCUGUAACGAUCCACAGAGCAUUCUAGCGACCUCUGUAACGAUCCACAGUGCAUUCUAGCGACCUCCGUACGAUCCACAGAGCAUUCUAGCGACCUCUGUACGAUCCACAGACCAUUCUAGUGACUUCUGUACGAAAUACAGACCAUUCUAGCGACCUCUGUGCAAUCCACAGAGCAUUUCUAGGGACCUCUGUACGGUCCACAGAACAUUCUUGCGACCUCUGUGCAAUCCACAGAGCAUUUCUAGGGACCUCUGUACGAUCCACAGAACAUUCUAGCUACCUCUGUACGAUCCACAGAGCAUUCUAGUGACCUCUGUGCAAUCCACAGAGCAUUUCUAGGGAUCUCUGUACAAGCCACAGACAGGAACAUAGAGAGGUUAGUCAGGGUCAGGUGCAGUGCAAUUUACGAUCCACAGAGCAUUCUAGCGACCUCUGGGGGUAAUUCCAAGUUGAUCGCAGCAGGAAAUUUUUUAGCAGUUGGGCAAAACCAUGUGCACUGCAGGGGGGGGCAGAUAUAACAUUUGCAGAGAGAGUUAGAUUUGGGUGGGUUAUUUUGUUUCUAUGCAGGGUAAAUACUGGCUGCUUUAUUUUUACACUACAAUUUAGAUUGCAGAUUGAAACACCACACCCAAAUCUAUCUCUCUCUGCACAUGUUAUAUCUGCCUCCCCUGCAGUGCACAUGGUUUUGCCCAAUUGUUAACAAACUUGAAGCUGCGAUCAACUCAGAAUUACCCCCUAUGUACGAUCCACAGAGCAUUCUAGUGACCUCUGUACGAUCCACAGAGCAUUUUAGCAAACUCUGUAAGAUCCACAGAGCAUUCUAGUGACCUCUGUAAGAUCCACAGAGCAUUUCUGGGGACCUUUGUACAAGCCACAGACAGGAACAUAGAGAGGCUAGUCAGGGUCAGGUACUGAUUGCCCCCCGCCCCCCCAAAAAAAGUCCAAAACAGCAAACACAUAUGCAUACAAAAUUUAUAUGUGGCCCGUGCUGCACAGGGAGGGUGCUGUGUGCCCCUCAGCCAGGGCCAGAUUUUCAGGAAGGGGGGGUGACCUGGCUCUGGCAAGUAGUACCCUUCUCCCCAGUGGCACCAUCUUCCCAGUGAUAUUCGUGAAGAUGACGCAUGUGCACUUAAGAGCACAGUCUCUAGCGCAGUACCACAGUCUUUGCUUGCAAUGCACAGUGACAUCUUCCCGAAGAUGUCACUGGGAAGGUGGUGCCAUGGAGGAGAGACACGCUUGCCAGGGCAAGGUAAGUAUACUUGGGGGAAGGGGGGAUCCACUCCACCCUACCACUCACCCUUACUCGGCGGCACUGGCUACAGGGCAUUCUAGCGGCCUCUGUGCAGCCCAAAGGGCAUUCUAGCGGCCUCUGUGCAGCCCAAAUGGCAUUCUAGCGGCCUCUGUGCAGCCCAGAGAGCAUUCUAGCGGCCUCUGUGCAGCACAGAGAGCAUCCUGCUGGCCUCUGUGCAGCACAGAGAGCAUACUGGUUUAAAAUGUUUACUCUAUUCUAGCUGCUGAGACAAAAUUGAAAGAGAGACUGUAUUUUUAGAAAAGGUCAUCCUUGCCAGCCCUCCUCAGGCCCACUUAUGUCUGAAAUCUUACAUUUUGGGGGUUCAGGGGGUAACUAUCAGAACUAGUUUUAAAGUGUGAGAUAAGUGUGCCUUCAUCUGUCACAAAGGACAUUUUUCCGUAUUGACAUGAAUCUAUGGAUAGUUUUUGAUAUAUUAUUGAAUUAUAAAAUUAUGUUGAUAGUUCAAAUUAAAUUGUAAAUUUAGCAUUUCUAAAGAAAGCCAUAAUAAGAUGCAGGUGUUUCCAUUUGUCCUACAUGCCUUCUUCAAGAUGAAAUUUUAAUAUUGAAGAUUUACAAGUAAACUCGCAACAUUAUUGAAAUUACACAAACAUGUACUGUAGCCUUACCUUCCAGUAAGACAAUUGCUGGUGUUAUUUACUUGCAAUUCGCUGUCCUAUCAAAAAUGACUGUAUACUGCGCACAUUACUCCCUGCGUGCCCAUUGCAAUGCUUCCGCCACCCGCUAAACAGUUGAAAAGGAAAUUGUAAACAAAAUACAAACUGAACACAAAGCUGUUUUGUCCUGUAUACAGUGCUGCUAUUGGUCUAAUCCAAUCCAAUUGUUAAUCUGUGUGUGCUUUUUCCACCAUUGUUGCAGAUUUAUAUUUCUUUAAUCAAUGAAUUUACUUUGUUUAUAUAAAACCAUUCCAGUUUUUUUUUUUACUUGCAUAUUUAUAUUUAUUUUGCAAACAAUAUGUAUAUAUUUUAGCUGUGCCUCAGUCUUUCAGCUGCAUAUUAUGAAACCACUCGGCUGUGUAAGGGCUGAAUUAAUAUGCAGGGAUAUAAAAAACCUGAAGCUUACAAAACAACCAUUAAUACUAAAGUUAAUUUCUCUAACGUCCUAAGUGGAUGCUGGGGACUCCGUAAGGACCAUGGGGAAUAGCGGCUCCGCAGGAGA